ACGCCUAUAAAAAUUAAAAAAGAGAAAAAAGAAAAGAAAAGCAAUACUCCCCAAAUCCGUUUCCUUCAUCCUUACACAAUAUCACAAAUAUUCCAAAAAUUGCUUGCAUUCACACACAUUUUUGAGUGGAGAGAUAAUCUUCUAAUCAAUCAAUCAGGCGUGUUUCAUUCAUUCUUGAAUCACUGUGUUGUGUUAGACUUUAAAAAAUAUAUAUGGAGGAUUGUCAUCAUCAUCGCCACAGCUCCGCCUCCUCCUCCUCAUCUGCAUCCCUCGAUCUUCGACCUCAACCUUCCGCCAACGUUGAUGUCUCUUCUGCGUCCCACGGGAUUACUGAGAGUAAUUCAUCAACACAAAGUGUGCCUGGGGAAGUGUUGGCUGUUGGAAGAUCAGAUGCGAGUUCAAGUUCGAGUUCGAGUGAGCUUAGUAAGUCCAAGCAAAAUAGCAGGCUUGGAGUGUUGGCAACGAAGUUUUUUGAUGAGAAAAUUCCACUCAAGAAGAAGCUUAAAUGGUUAAAACGAGUUCCUAUGGUUAAAGAUGACGGGACCAUACAAUUUGAAGUUCCAGGAGAUAUUGAACCCAAAGCUCUUGAUUUUGGUACUAGAGUUGUUUAUAAUGAAGCUGCUGAUGCAGAACCUGUUGACACAACUGAGGUUCAAGAUAUACCUCCGCUGCAAAUUGUGAUGCUUAUUGUUGGAACACGAGGAGAUGUACAGCCCUUUGUUGCCAUUGGAAAAUGUUUGCAGGAGCACGGCCACAGGGUUAGACUAGCAACUCAUGCUAAUUUCAAAGAUUUCGUCUUGACUGCUGGGUUGGAGUUCUAUCCUUUAGGUGGAGAUCCAAAAGUUCUUGCUGGUUAUAUGGUCAAGAAUAAAGGUUUCUUACCAUCUGGGCCUUCAGAAAUAUCAAUCCAGAGAAAUCAACUCAAGGACAUUAUAUACUCUUUACUUCCUGCAUGCCAGGAUCCCGACCCUGCUACCAAUAUUCCAUUUAAAGCAGAUGCAUUAAUUGCCAAUCCCCCAGCAUAUGGACACACUCAUGUUGCUGAGGCGCUAAAAGUACCACUUCAUAUUUUUUUCACGAUGCCAUGGACGCCUACUAGUGAAUUCCCCCACCCUCUAUCUCGUGUUAGGCAACAAAUUGGAUAUAGACUUUCUUAUCAAAUUGUUGAUGCAUUAAUUUGGCUUGGAAUACGAGACAUGAUUAAUGAGUUUAGGAAGAAACAGCUAAAGUUAAGACCAGUUACAUAUCUCAGCGGAUCCUAUAGCUCUCCUCCUGAUAUACCCUAUGGAUACAUAUGGAGUCCUCAUCUAGUUCCCAAACCGAAAGAUUGGGGACCUAACAUUGAUGUUGUUGGAUUUUGUUUUCUUGACCUUGCAUCAAAUUAUCAACCCCCAGAUUCACUAGUGGAAUGGCUUGCAGCUGGUAAAAAGCCAAUCUAUAUUGGGUUUGGUAGUCUUCCUGUUGAAGAACCGGAGAAAAUGACCAAGAUUAUAGUUGAGGCUUUAGAAAUUACUGGACAAAGAGGCAUCAUAAACAAAGGCUGGGGUGGUCUUGGGAAUUUGGCAGAACCGAAGGACUUCGUACUCUUACUGGACAGUUGCCCGCAUGAUUGGCUAUUCCCAAGAUGCAUCGCUGUGGUGCAUCAUGGGGGUGCUGGAACAACUGCUGCUGGCCUUAAAGCUGCGUGUCCAACAGCCGUUGUCCCAUUCUUUGGUGAUCAACCAUUCUGGGGAGAGCGGGUUCAUGCCCGAGGAGUAGGUCCUGCACCUAUCCCAAUUGAUGAAUUUUCACGUGAAAAGUUGGUUGAUGCUAUUAACUCCAUGCUAGAUCCUGAGGUCAAGAAGCGUGCUGUUGAGGUGGCUGAUGCCAUGAAAAAUGAAGAUGGGGUGACAGGAGCAGUGAAAGCCUUUCACAAGCAUUUUCCUCCUAAACUAUCUAAGGAAGAGAUUAAGCCAUUGCAUGAGCACUCAAAAGUCUUUUCAAUUCGGCAAUGUUUUGGUUGCUCAUUUUUGGGUUGAUUUUCCGUCUCUUUUGUCAUUACAGUCAUAACAUUGUGAGAUUCUGGUACUUCAAAUAUGGCUUAGAUAUUUUUUUAAAACGAAAUAGUAGCUUAGUAUUUUGGCUAGCGUUUUAAAGAAAACAAAAAAAUUAAUAAUUGUGAUUUUGCCCGAAUUUUUUCAGUUUCAGUUACCCAGUUUAUCAGAUAAUGGUAUAAUUACUUAAUCCUUACCUGAUUACAUUACAUGUAUCUUCUCACUGUUGUCGUGUUGCUCGUGUAUGGGACUGAUUACAUGGAGCUUUGAAGAUGAUUUCGUUCAUUUAUCAUUGUGUAACAUUUGUUAA